GUGAUUUCUCCCCGUCCAUCCCCAGCUUGCUCUCCUCCUCUUCCCCCCUUCCCCUCUUAUGUCCUGUCGUGCGUUUCAUAUCCUCACUACUUAGAUACCUUUGUUUAUUGCAACCUCAUAAUGGCCUCCAUCACCCGUGCGUUGCGGCCCCUGUCGCGCACUGCAACCUCCGCCCGCCUUAUCGCAAGACCGCCACAGCCGUACAGGCUAGCUUUGAGCACCCAUGCCUUCUCCACCACAUCCCGCCGGCGGGAUGUCGACCUAUCCGGCCUGACCCCCACCCCGAUCACCUUCCUCUCCGAGACCGAGUCCCUAAUGGCCGAAUCCGUCUCCAAAUUCGCGCAGGACCAAAUCGCCCCCAAAGUGCGCGACAUGGAUGAAGCGGAGACGAUGGACCCCGCCGUGGUCGAGCAACUCUUCGAACAAGGGUUGAUGAGCGUCGAGAUUCCCGAGGAAUACGGUGGCGCGGGCAUGAACUUCACGGCUGCGAUUGUCGCUAUCGAGGAGCUGGCUCGGGUGGAUCCCAGCGUUAGUGUUCUCGUGGAUGUUCAUAAUACUCUGGUCAAUACUGCGAUCAUGAAGUACGGGGAUGCGCAGGCUAGACGCACAUGGCUGCCUAAGCUGGCGACGGGGACUGUCGGCUCGUUCUGUUUGUCGGAGCCGGCCUCCGGAUCGGAUGCGUUUGCGUUGCAGACGAAGGCGGAGAAGACGGCGGAUGGAUACAAGAUUAAUGGCUCUAAGAUGUGGAUCACUAACUCUAUGGAGGCUGGUGUGUUUAUUGUCUUUGCGAACCUCGAUCCUAGUCAGGGGUACCGUGGGAUUACGGCCUUCAUUGUUGAGAAGGAUACCCCCGGGUUCUCCAUCGCUAAGAAGGAGAAGAAGCUCGGUAUCCGGGCCAGCAGCACCUGUGUGCUGAACUUUGAUGACGUGGUGAUUCCCAAGAGCAACUUGCUCGGUGAAGAAGGGCAGGGAUACAAGUACGCCAUCAGCGUGCUCAACGAGGGUCGCAUCGGUAUUGCCGCUCAAAUGACCGGUCUGGCUCUGGGUGCCUGGGAGAACGCCGCACAGUACGUCUGGAACGACCGGCGCCAAUUCGGCCAACUGAUCGGCAACUUCCAAGGCAUGCAGCACCAGAUCGCGCAAGCGUACACAGAGAUCGCGGCCGCACGCGCGCUGGUCUACAACGCGGCGCGGAAGAAGGAAGCCGGACAGGACUUCGUGCAAGACGCCGCGAUGGCGAAGCUGUAUGCAUCGCAAGUGGCCGGCCGCGUGUCCGGUUCCGCAGUGGAGUGGAUGGGAGGCAUGGGUUUCGUGCGUGAAGGCAUCGCCGAGAAGAUGUUCCGGGAUAGCAAGAUCGGAGCCAUCUACGAAGGCACCAGCAACAUCCAACUGCAAACCAUCGCCAAGCUGCUCCAGAAGCAGUACACUCGCUAAACCUGAAACCCCAUUCCCGUCUUUCUUUCCCUUCUCCACUGUCUUCUCCAUCAUCUACCGCCCUUUGCCAUAGAAUGUCCGUGUCGUAGACGUCGUAUGCCUGCCUGCCUGCAUGUAUGUAUCUGAUUGAUGUAUGUGGGGAACAUCAGUAGUGAUACGUCGGCUUCAACCGACACAACCACUACCAACCAAACGAACGAAGACCUCAUGUUUCAAGUUCCAUAGCCUAGAUAUCCUCCAUACUUCCGUAUUUCCUCUCUCCAUACUCCAUACUGCU